AUUUGGUCGGGCAACAAUGAAAGCCGCCUUAUCAUUGGGUUGCCUCUUAUCGCAGAGACCCAUAAAUAUUCAGAGAUAGGAAAGAAGCGGGCAGAAACUAUACAAAAUACGAGUAGAGCGGGUGAAAGUGAAUAAAUCCGAUUAGUUUUGUGCCGAACGUCGGAGGUGAAACACGUGCGGUUGUUAUAAGAAAUAUAAAUACCCAUAUUUCCCUCACCAUGAGUUCAGCGUCUUUGCGUCUGCUGAGUAAAACCAAACAAACCGCUCGCAUUGUGAUCGUGGGAGCUGGAUCCGCCGGAAUAGCUGCAGCCACCCGUCUCCUGGAUCUGGGAUUCCGGAAUGUUCUCCUCCUGGAGGCUGAAGAUCGAAUUGGCGGACGUGUCCACACGAUUCCCUUUGCCGAUAAUGUCGUCGAUCUGGGCGCCCAGUGGUGCCACGGCGAGAAGGGAAAUGUGGUCUACGAUAAGGUCAAGGAUCUGGAUCUUCUAGAGGUUACAGAUCGCCACUACGAAACCUACAAGUGUGUGCGUUCCAACAGAGAGGUUUUGCCCGAUGAGAUAGCAGAUCAACUUAAGGGCAUAGCUGAUAGCUCGAUACCAGACAGGCAGAAAGAGCUCUUGAAUUUCGAUGGCUCCCUGGGUGACUACAUCAAUUUGAAGUACUGGAAAGAACUGGAGAAACUGCCGCCCAUUGAUCGCACCAUUGCCGAGGAGUUCCUGGAGGUUUUCCACAAAUUCGAGGCCUCCGUGGAGGCGGCGGAUCACCUGUUCGAAGUCUCCGGAAAGGGUCACCUGGAGUACUGGCUAUGUGAGGGUGAACUGCUGCUCAAUUGGCGGGACAAGGGUUAUAAGAGAUUCUUGAUGCUGCUCAUAAAGGCCCAAGAGGAUCAACCCGAUGAUCUUGGCAUUCUUAAGGGACAUGUGCUGCUCAACAAACGGAUUGCUGAGAUUAAUUGGGAAGGAGCCGAUGAGCUAACCGUGCGCUGCUGGAAUGGCGAGGUCAUCACCGCGGAUCAUGUGAUUUGUACCGUUUCCCUGGGAGUUUUAAAGGAACAGCAUCCAAAACUCUUUGUGCCCGCCCUGCCAGCGGCCAAAGUGAGGGCCAUCGAGGGUCUCAAACUGGGCACCGUGGACAAGUUCUUUCUGGAAUUUGAAAAUCCACAAUUGCCCCAAGACUGGCCUGGUUUUAACUGCCUCUGGCUGAAGAAGGAUCUCGAGGAACUUCGAGCUUCCGAGCUCUUUUGGCUGGAAAGUGUAUUCGGAUUUUACCCAGUCUCCCAGCAGCCACGUAUCCUGCAGGGCUGGAUUAUUGGACCACAUGCCCGACACAUGGAAACACUGUCCGAGGAGAAGGUCCUGAAGGGUUUGCAGUGGCUCUUCCGCAAAUUCCUGCCCUUUGAGGUGGCACACCCAGUGCGAAUGCUGCGCACUCAGUGGCAUGCGAAUCCCAACUUCCGGGGCAGUUACACCUUCCGAUCCACCUACACGGAGGCUUUGCGGACGGGUGCCUGGGAUCUGGAGGCACCGCUCCAGGAUGUGGGCGGUAGGCCACGCCUACAAUUCGCCGGGGAAGCCUCUCACAAGCACUUCUACUCCACGGUCCACGGAGCCGUUGAAACGGGAUGGCGUGAGGCGGACCGAUUGCAUCUCUACUACCGGUCGCGAACAGCUCAGUUGUGAGCUCACACCUAGUGACUCCGGUUGACAGCUUUCAAAAGCGUGGCAUCGAGAUUGGUCACAGCCCAUGGGGCACGAAAACAUAAUAUACUAACUUUAUUUAAGUACUCCGUUUAUUGCCAUUUAAAGUGUGUAGAGAUGUAAUAGAAUCUUAGAAAGAAAUAAAUAUUUAACUCUUCCCAAGAC